AUGAUUAUUACGUUUGAUUCAAAAAAAUCAGCGAAAGGAAAAUCAAAUGUUAAUAGUUCAUCAAACGAAUUAAGUUCCACAACUAAUGAUUCGAUAUUAUUAAAGAAUGAAAAUAAAGCAUUCAAAUCUAUAAGACGAUCUAGAAAUGGUUGUGUUACUUGCAAAAUACGUAAAAAGAAAUGUGACGAGAUAAAACCUUUAUGUUCAGAAUGUAAAAGAUUGAAAAAAGAGUGUAUAUGGGUUGAUCAUGAUAAGAUGGAUGAAAGUAAAAUCAAAGAAAUAAAGAAGAUUGUAGAGAAAUCAGAGAGUGUCAAUAAGUUAAGGAAACGUAAAAAAACUAUUGUCCAUGGUAAUCUUGAAGAUCUUCCCAAUGCCAAACGAAUCAAUUCCCCUGGAUUAUCCCCGAUAUUAAAUCAUGUUAAGGAUGAAUUUGAAAUAUUUGACCCUUUAUCACCCGAUAAUUCCAGUUUCAAUAAUGCUUUGUUAUCACCACCAUUCCACCAAAUUGUACAUAAUCCCAUAGAAUCGUGUUCCAGAUUGGAAGCUAUACCUCAUAGACAGACAAUUAACUAUAAUAUACCCAAUGAAACUGAUGCACCCGAAGUUAUUGGGGAAGUUAAUGCCAACAAUGAAAAGAAUGAACAACAGAUAGCCAAAAUCAAUUCUUUGGUAGCAGCAUCUCCCAAUUCGCUUAGUCCUUUAGAUUUUUAUAAUUAUUUGAGAGAUUUUGGCGUUGAUUUCAUGCAAGAUUAUAAUAUCAAGUCCCCUGAUUCACCCAACUUCAACCAAAUGUUCAAUAAUUUAACCACACCUUCACCAAAUUUUAGCUUAUCCCCACUACCCAUGAAACUUGAUGACCGUUCAUUGGAAUUAUAUAAUUACUAUGUUACGGUUUUAAGUCCUCAUAUUUCGGUAGCUCCUAAAAGUAAUGCCAAUGAUGAAAAUCAUUACCAAAAAGUGUUUCUACCCUUGGCUCAUCAAGAUGAUGGUAUAAUGUAUAGUGUAUUAGCAUGGUCUUCAUUUCAUAUGGGAAGGCAUGCAUCUACAGAGGAAGGAUCUCGAUAUCUUGAAAAAGCCAUCAAACACUUUCACUCAUUGACAUCUAAUGAUAAGAAUACCGUCAUAGUAAAACUAGCUACUUUGAUGGUAUUAUUAGGAGCAGAAAUUUGUAGAGGUGAUGUGGUGAAUUGGACUCAAUACAUGGAAUGGGGGUCAAAAUUAAUUCAAUCGAAUGGAGGUUUAUCAAAUUUUAAUAGAAACAAACAGGAAAUCUGGUUAAUUUCAGAUUUUGCUUAUCAUGAUGUGUUAUCAAGUAAUUUAACAGAAAGAGGUGCUUAUUUCAAGGUCGACGAAUAUAAGGAAGUGUUCAAUCAUGAUUUGACUAGUGGGAUUUCUAAUCCAUUAUUUGGAAUUGCUAAAAACAUUUAUCCAAUUAUUGGUGAAAUUUCCCAUUUAGCUUUUGAAACCAAUGAAAAUUUGAAAAAUUUGGUUAAUGAAUUGAAUGAAAAGAAUAUCAGUGAUUCACCAAUCAAUGAAAUUGAUGGUUUGGAAGACAUUAAAGAAACUGACAGUGAUUUGAGUAAUCAUGCUAAGAUGAAUAGUUUAUUAAUAUCAGUGAUUGAACAAAUCAAAGUUUUAGAUAAUAAAAUUGAAAAUGCUAAACCAAAUAAGGAAGAUUUAUAUGGAUUGAAUGAAGAAGAAUUCGAAUGGCAGAUUACUUUAUUUGAAACUUUCAAAUUGAGUGCUAAAUUAUAUCUUCGACAAUCAAUAGGGAAAUGUAAUCCUUCAACAUUGGAAAGUCAAGUUUUAAAUAAUGAUCUUAUUAAAUGUCUUGAUAUUGUAUUGGGUUCACCUGUGGAAAGUGUUUUGGUGCUUCCUGUAUUUAUAGCUGCCAUUCAUUGCGUAACGAAAUUACAGAGAAAUCAAAUGUCCAGAAGAAUCGAUGGUUAUAUCAAAACUUAUGGACCUUGGAGUAAUACAAGAGUUAAAGAAGUCAUCACUAAAAUCUGGGAUUUAAAUCCCGAUGGUGAUAAAGCCAUUGAUUGGCAUGCUAUUUUGAAAGAAUUGGGUUGGGAAAUUAACUUUGCUUAA